UGUGUCCUUAAGGGGUUAAAAGCAACAAUUAAAAAUAGUUGCAUCCUUAAAGGGUUAAUAAUCCAGCUAUAAUAAGUUUAUUACACCGAACCAGUGGUCUCCAAACUGUGGACCUCCAGAUGUUGCAAAACUUCAACUUUCAUCAUACCUGGACAGCUGUAAUGGCUUUCAAAGCAUGCUGGGAGUUGUAGUUUUACAGCAUCUGGAGGUCAGCUGCUCUAGACGAUUCUGGAACUUAAUCCCUUUACUACCUAGGGCUCCCAGAAGGCAACUUUGAUAAAAUGUCCAUGUCAUGGAAUGGUAUUAGUCUUUUGUUAAGUGUAUUUUGUUGUCUGACAGUAUAAUUGGAGACGCAAUACAUUUCUCUGGAUUACAGGAGGAGAAUACAUCCACAGAUCACAAUAAAGCACCUGCUGCCCUCUUAUUCAGAAGUACAUGGGACAGAACCUCUCCUGCGGGCGGGACCCCAUCUAGACGGUCUUAGAUUCUGAGCAGACAGAGAAAUCUCAGAUUUGAUCAACAUGAACCUCUGCUGGAAUGAAAUAAAGAAGAGAUCUCACAGCCUAAGAGCACGCCUGGAAGCAUUUUCAGAUCCCACCCUCAAGUUGCAGCCACCACUCCAAGAGAUAAUUGACUGGCUGGGGCAAAAGGAUGAAGAUCUGUCUGCCCAGCUUCCUCUUCGAGGUGACCUCGCAGUGGUGGAGCAAGCCAAAGAUAAACAUCUGCUCUUUAUGGAAGAGGUGAAGUCACGAGGUCCUUAUAUAUAUUCCCUACUUGAGUCUGCUCAAGCUUUCCUCACGCAGCAUCCUUUUCAUGAUAUAGAAGAGGACACGUCUACACUAGCCAAAGAUGCCUCUCCCAGGAGUCGAUCUCAGAGUCUUAGUCGUUUACUUUGGAAACAAGCAAGUGUGGCUAGUGAACUGUGGGAGAGGUUAUCAGCCCGUAGUUUAGACCAGCACCGUCAUCUGGAGAGGACAUUAGAGCAGCUUCGGGAUUUAAGAGUUUCAAUGAAAGAAGCUACAGAUGCACUAAGUCAAGCAGAGAGUGUGCAAACAACUUGGGAACCAAUAGGAGAUUUGUUUAUAGAUUCCUUGCCUGAGCACAUCCAGGCUACAAAGCUGUUUAAAGAAGAGAUUAUGCCUAUAAAAGACACAAUCAAGAUGGCAAAUGACAUUGCUCAUCAGCUAGCCCUGUGUGAUGUACACCUCUCGAUAGAAAAUGCACGUGAGCUUGAACAAAUUAACAACCGAUGUAAACAGCUCCAGACUUCUGUUACAGAACGCCUUCGGCAGCUGCAGGAUGCUCAUCGUGACUUUGGACCUGAGUCCCAACAUUUUUUAUCUUCUUCUGUGCAAGUGCCCUGGGAGAGAGCAAUAUCACCCAACAAGGUUCCAUAUUAUAUCAAUCACCAGGCACAAACAACUUGCUGGGAUCAUCCUAAAAUGACAGAGCUGUACCAAGCACUUGGAGAUUUAAACAACAUAAAGUUUUCUGCAUACCGAACAGCAAUGAAGCUGCGCAGGAUUCAAAAGGCUCUAAGAUUGGACUUAGUCACCCUACCCCUGAUGUCUCAGAUACUUAGUUGUGAUAUCCUGCAAUCUUCAGAUCGUUCUCUUGAUGUUCUCGAUGUAAUUCGGUGUUUGAGUUCAUUGUAUGAGCGAUUAGAAGAAGAACGAGGACUUUUAGUCAAUGUGCCAUUGUGUGUGGACCUAGCCCUCAACUGGUUACUAAACGUCUUUGAUGGUGCUCGUGUUGGAAGAAUACGGGCCCUUUCUUUUAAGGCUGGAAUAGUGUGUUUAUGUGAUUGUGAUGUUAAAGGAAAACUACAACAUUUGUUUUUACAAGUAGCUGGACCUGAUUCAACUUGUGAUCAACGGCAGCUCAGCCUUGUACUACAUGAAGCCAUUCAGAUACCACGUCAGCUUGGAGAGGUUGCAGCAUUUGGAGGAAGUAAUGUUGAACCCAGUGUGAGGAGCUGCUUUAGAUUUGGAAAUGGAACAUCACAUCUGGAGUUGUCUCAAUUUCUCGAUUGGGGAAGUCUGGAACCACAGUCCUUAGUAUGGCUUCCAGUUUUACAUAGAGUGACCUUAGCUGAAACUGUCAAGCAUCAGACAAAGUGCUCCAUCUGUAAAAUGUGCCCAAUAAAGGGAUUUAGAUACCGCAGCUUAAAACAGUUUGGUGUGGAUAUAUGCCAGUCCUGCUUCUUAACUGGACAAGCAGGAAAAGGAAAUAAACUUCAUUAUCCGAUAAUGGAAUAUUACACCCCGACAACUUCAGGAGAGAAAAUGAGAGAUUUUGCAACCACUCUGAAGAAUAAAUUUAGGACUCGCCAUUACUUUAGUCGACAUCCUCAGCGGGGCUAUCUUCCUGUGCAGUCUGUACUUGAAGAUGAAGUUACUGACACGCCAUUGUCUUCUCCAGUUCUUCCUCACGCUGAGACACAUUUAAGGAUAGAACACUUUGCUAGCAGACUCGCUGAGAUGGAAAAUCAGAACUGUUCCCUUUUCACUGAUAGCCUUUCUCCUGAUGACAGCCUUGAUGAUGAUCAGUAUCUGCUGCGCCACUCCAGUCCUAUUACAGAUCGGGAUCCAUGUACUACUACACAGACAGUGGAAGGAUUAAAUCCAGAGGAGGAACAAGGGGAGUUAGAAAAAAUACUUGCCCAGCUGGAGAAUGAAAACAGGAUUCUUCAGGGAGAAUUAAAACGAUUGAAAUGGCAGCAUGCAGAGGUAGGAGAGGGUGCCUUUUUUGGGGAGGUGUCACCUGAUUUUGGAGGCAGCUGCAGUGCUGACAUACAAAGUGAAGAAUUGCUAAGUGAGGCACGGAUACUGCGGCAUCACAAAAAUCGUUUAGAGACUCGUAUGCAGAUAUUGGAGGAUCACAACAAGCAACUUGAAUCCCAGCUACAGCGACUCAGGGAACUAUUGCUACAGCCUAGCAUAGAGGAUGGUAAGAGUUCUUCCACCUCACAGUUGGACUCAGACAGCAAGUAUCCGACAGAUGAUAAGAGAGGAACACCAGAUACUGAAGCUGCAGAUGAUGUGGACAGUGGAACUAGGGAGGUGAGCUUACACCUGGAAGACAUCAUGGAAAGGCUAAAGAAUGCUUUUCCAAGCACAAUAGAUAAAGAAAUAUCGGAUGGUAACACUGCAGACCAAAAAUCUCCGACACAGCCUUUUUGACAAUGGACCUCCUUUCUACUCAAAAGUAUUGAUUGGCUAAGAAUAAGUAACGUUAAAGAUACUUCACGGCAAAAGAAAAGGUGCAUCAAGGAUUAAAAGCUGAUAUAUAAAUAGCUGAAUUCACACAGUUUUUUACUAUGCUCCUUAUUGGCAUCUUAAGGGUUUUUUUUUUUUAGCUCGCGAAAGUAAUUGACAGACAUUGAAAAAUCAACAUGCAUUUUGGUGUGCUUUUGUCAACAUGGCCACUUGUGCAAAAUAUAUGCCAUAAAAAAUGCUUAAAAUGCGUUGCUUUUCUUUCUUUUUUUGUUAACAAAACACUGUUUAAAAGAAGCUUUAAAGCUCAGUUAGGCUAGGAUUCCACUGGUGUUUUUUUUUUUUUUUUUUUUUUUAACACACAAAAAAAAAACAUGCAAAAAACUACCACUGAAUUUUCCAGCGUGUUUGUGUUUUUUGUGGCAUGGUUUAUGGCGUUUUUACCUUUGUGUGGAAAUUGCUUUUUCAGCUCCUUUGGCAGUUUUUUUAGGAAUCUUAAGGAAUGAUGCCGUAGGGAUGCAGGAAUUUGUAGGGAAGUUAUUUUCUUUUAAAUUUUAUUUUAAAGCAGGGAGCCAUUAUCUGGAGUGGGGCAGGGAAUUAAGAGCUGCUGACAACAUCAAAAUUGCAAACAUGUAUGACUUUUAUGUGUAAUAAUGUAUUUAAUGUUUAAUAAUGAUGUUACUUAAAGGGAUUAUCCACCAUAAGGUGAUUUUAGUACAUACCUGCCAUGCUAUCCUUUUGUUAACUGGGUAUUUCCUGUUAGAGUUUGGUUUCUUAAACUACACAUCCCAUGGUUCCAUGUUUGUAAGUGUGAAGUUGCAUUCCUUCCUCCCACACAUCAGCCACCACACCCAUUGCAGCACAAAUGAGCUAAAAAAAUCAGUGUUGCCUCAGGGUGCCUACAGCUGUUGCAAAAUAAUCCCUCCCACCCAGCGGUCGCUCCACCCAUUGAAGCAGGACAGGCUCCCUUUGCACAACUGACUAGUGAUGUCAGAUCUCGACGCACUGCAACCUGGGAAAUACCAAGACAUGAGUAAUUUUGUAUGCUGUAAAAAAUAUUGGGGGAAAAUCACAUAUGAAUUGUGAGACCACCGUCCCACACAGGUACAGACACUAUAUUAUGAACUACACUAACUUUACAGCCACUGCAGCAUUGUCAAAUAAAAAAAAAUCCUGAAACUGUUUAACUGUACCUUAAUUUUUUCUUAGUUACUGUAUAUUUUCCUCAGCGCUUGCGCUACACACAUCUUGGAAGAGACGCUGUUUCAU